AUGUCGGAGGUGAAAAAGAGAAAAGUAUAUACAGCUCCAUCGGUUAAUGUAGAUCAUCAUCUUGUUGAACAACUUGGUAGCAUACAGUCUUCCUCAAAUAACUUGGAACCAAUAACCCAAUUGAUCCAACGAGGAGAUUUGGGUAGAGUAUUACCCAUUUGGUCGUACUAUUCAUCAGUUAAUAACCACAAGGAAUUCGUCGACAUAACCAAUAAGAUUAACCAUGUGCUACGCACCGUCAAUGGGAACAAAGACUCAUUUUUACCAGUACGACAAAAUAUCAUUGACAUUGCCAAAGACAUAUUAGUCAAUUACUCCAAAAUUACGUAUCGUGCGUUGAGCAGCUUGAAGCCCUCUUCAACCAACCCAACCAUUAGAUUGUUAGACAAUUUAAUCAACUAUGAUACCUUAAUAGCCCAAGAGUUUCUCAAUAGCUUUGAUUUGACACUUCCAGUAUUAUCCAAAUUGAUGACUCCAAGUAAAAUUGAAAUUGAAGAAGGUGAAGUAAACGAUCAGUUUUCAAUAAGGUCAAAUUUUAUGAAGUUGUGGAUUGAUUUAUGCUCCAAUGUUGCUUACUAUCAUCGAUUAGACUUAUUGACCAACCAUCCAAAGAUUGUCAAAAAUAUUUGGAAGUAUUUACAACUCGAUUCCAUCAACCUGUUACUGAAUUUGAUACAGUUUCUCAAUGAUAAAUUACUUGAUGAGAAUAACUUCAAAAAGGCACAAAAGUGCAAGAUACUCAAUGAUAGCUUUAUGUACAAGGCCCAUAUCUUGUUCAACAAAAUUAGAGAACCAUUUUUCCUUGAUUUCAUGACAAAGGUAACCUCUGAUGUCAAAAAUGGACUAGUAUUUACCAAUGAUAAGUUAUGGACUCAAAAUUCUGACGUUGGCGUUAUUGUUGAGGUAAAUAACAAAAAGUUCAAGAUUGCAAACAAGUUACUAUACACAUUAUUAACAAGUUUGAAACCAACGGAUUCCAACAAAGAGUUACAAUUUAUUGUCAGGGUGUUGUCUUGUUGUCAAGAAUUAAUCCCACCAUACAUGAACUAUCUUGUCCAACAUGGAGGUGGUUACCAUGACCCAUCAUUGACUUCUUGGUGGAUUUCUCAUAGCUUGUUAUACACUAAUGUGCUACAAAUACCGAUGCCCAAGUUUGAAACAAAUGUAGAAUUUAUCAAGUUCGAUGCUAGAGCCAUCACCGAGAGCAUAGUAUUUGCACCAUUACUGAAGGGAGCGUUGGUGGAAGGAUUAUCUUCUAAAACCGGAUUGACAGUGCAAUUGACUUUGCAAUUGGUUCUUUUCGUUUUAAAAAGAUUGGAACAGGUGAUUGACGUCGUUAACCUGAGACAAGAAUUGAUUAGCCUUGUAUUCAGUCAAUUGCCUGAUGUUACAUUUGUUGCACAACCACUUUCUACAAUAUCAUCGAAACUCACACAUUUGACUGCAUUGACCAUUAUUAACAAAUAUAAAGCAUUGGUACCGUCUUCUCUUAACAAAAGCUCAUUGCAGAAACUAGUCUCCACUGGAGUGUCUGAUAUCGUUUCCAAAUCAGAAUUGUCCAAUUACGACUUGUCAAUACUUGAUCUUUAUAUGAAUUUGCAAAAUCAAGAUUUUAAAUGGUGGAACAAAAACAAUGGCGCCAAUUCAUUUUACACCUCAUUGAUCAAAUUGGCAUCAAAAUCAACAAUCACUUCAAGUUUUGCUACUAAGAUAUACCACUUGCUUAACAGAUUAUCAGAAGACAAGAUGUUUUUCAAUCAGAACUUAUUGGUCACUCCAAUAAUGGCGUUAAUUUACUCAUUGGAUUCAGAAAUGACGCCAGAGUUUUGGAACAUGUUUGAUGAAGUUGUUGCUCGAUGCGUGCGUAGUCCAUACAAGUAUCUCGAUUUGGCUCAUGACAAAUACCAAGAUGAGAGUAUAUUUGUCGUGGCAAUGUUUGAACAAUUCAAAUUUUUGUUGGGUAAAGGCAAUGAUGAAGAGAAUUUAAAAUGGUUAUUCAAGUUUUUAAAGUACAUGAUAGUGCUUGGUGAGAACAAGAAUGUUUUGGCGUCUCUUGUUGAUCAAUUAGAUGUUAAUGAUUUAGUAGAGAAGUUUAACUUGAAUCAAAUGUUGACAUUUGAGUCGUCUUUGCCCAUUGACCAAGAUUCUUCGAUAAUGGAGGUAGUUUAUAACUCCUCUGUCACCCACUUGGCUAAAAACCCACACAUUAUCGAAAAGAAAUUAAUUUCAUCAAAUUUGGAUUAUUUGGCAGUAUUAUCACUCAUAAACUUGAUUCUCGAGAAGGAGAUUUUGACAACACAAUUAAUCACAAUAUUGUUCUCCAAACUUUGGAGUUUUUUGAUGAAUUCGAGCCAAUUAGCGAUUGAUUAUUUCACAUCAGAAAUGACUUGGAGGAAGCUACUUGGGGGACCACACAAUGGCGAGACUAAAUUGGUAAUCCAGUUGUAUGGAGAAACUAUAAAAUUAAUUCCCCAUUUUAGUUCUCCUUCAUUGUCAAAGUUCGUGUUUGAUACACUAUUUAGUGGAAACCUUGGUUUUAUUGAUUACAUUUGGUUAUUAAAUGAGACUCAAUCAAGAAAGCUAAUGGAUUUAUCAAGUGGAGUUCUCUUUGAGCUGGCAGUGGCUACUUGUAUUGAUAAGCACAUUAAACUCACUUUUGCUCAAUUUUGGAAAUUGUUGAAAUCCAAAGAAGCCAACAGGCUCAGUUUACUAACCCAGCUUCUUGAGUCGAAUCUGUUAGUAGUAACGGAGUCCGAUUUGAUAAAGGUUACUGACGAGAUUGUUUCUCAGCCCAAUGAUUAUGGAUUGUUGCCGGUUUUGAUUGGCAGGUCUAAGAAUGUAGCUUCUUGGUUAUUAAAAAAGAACUUGAAGGAUGGUGUUUUGAAUUGUUUGAUUGUAUCAUCAAUGGUUCAAAAUGAGAUGAACGUUCCUCCAGCAUCCAUGAAACAAGUUGUUGAAGCGAUUCAACUGAAAUUAGAUUCGAAAACGGUCGAGGAGUCAAUGUGGAAUCAAAUAUUGAUUAUAUUAUCUACGCAAGCUAUUAUCGAUCAAUCACUAAUUGAAAAAGUGUUGGAACAGAUCAAUUUCAAGCAGACAACCAACCCUUCGUUUAUUAGUUUCAUCAAGAAAGUCCCUCAAAAUGAUAUGACAAAGACAUGGCUUCACAAAUCGAUGCUAUACAUAACCAAAAGCUUUGCCGAAUCUGAACUGCUUUCACAGAACUUCACAUUAUUCGUAAACCACAUUGGAGAUUAUUUAUUUGAUGCAAAUGUUUGGAACAUGGUUCCCGCAAGUAUUUUAAACACUCAAUUGGAAGUCAUUCUUCAGUCUAAAUUCAUCUACAAAGACACCUUGAAAUACGCGGUGAAGUCACUACUUGCCUCCUCAAAAAACAAGAUUGAUUUUCAAAAGCUUUUCCAAAUCGCCUUGACUUCAUCAACUUGCUUGGAUGGUUUGCCUAGCGAAAAAGAUGCGUCUUUGAGAUACUAUUCAGCUUUGAUUAUUUACAUUCUUUACAAUUUCGAUCACCUGAAAUUGUCCAACGUGAUUAAUCUCAAGACUGUUUUGGAAAAGUAUCAAGGAUUAAAUCGUUGUGAGGAUUUGUUGCUCAAGUUUGUGUUGCAAAAGAUGGAGGCUAAAGUGUCCAUGUCGUGGAUUGCUAGUGUAUCUAACUGGGAGUUCUCAGACGAACUUCAUAAUAAUGAGUCUGAUUUGGUUGACAUGGACAAGUUGAUUACGAAAAAGAGUGAACAACUUACGGUGUCACUAAACAAAGGCGUUAUUCAAAAUUCAUUGAAUUGCAUGGAAUUGAGUCUUCCCAAAUUUGGCAACGGUGUUGAAUUUUGGCAUCAAAUUGAGAAAUUGGAAAGAGAAAAUCUGUUGUUAUCCACCGAUCAUCUUGCUUAUGAUUGUGAGUUUCUAUACAUGGUUAUUUUAAACAAUGAUGAACUUUUGAAAUAUACCAAACAUGAAGAUUCAAGUGUGACUUAUUCAUUCAAGAUCAGGAACUUGAUAGACACUGGAGUCUUGCAAUUCAUUAUUGCAAAUUUGUCCACUAUCAAAUACCUUCCAAUUGCCAAGAUCAUACUAAAUAAGAUUCUCACCUCAAUUGACGAUGAAAUAAAUGCUCAUUUCAAGGAUAAAAACAUUUUCAAAGCAUAUUUAUCCACCGUUUGUUUCACCUUACAACAACAACAAGAAAUCCCUAAAUUGGUUUGGUUUGUUUAUUCCCAAUUUGUUUCUAUAUUAGCCAAUCCAGGCCAUUUCUUGUACGAAUUGAGUUUCCGCUAUGUUCUUGCUCAUCCAAGUUUAAAUAAAUGGGAUAUUCCCUUGUAUAAUUCAAUCACACAUCCAACAGAGUCAACGGAAUGGUUUUAUCGAGAAUUGAACUGGAUAAUUGAACAAAUUACUAAUGGGCUCAGUUCAACUUUGGAUUUAUCAUUGCUUACAAAGAAUGUAAUUGAAUCGGUUCUAAAUUUAAUCAAUUCAAAGACAUUAAACAUGAAGCUUAGAGUGUCGAUUUUGAAAUUUAUUUACAGAAUACAAGAAGUUGAUCAGGGGUCGGAUUUGUUAAUUACUAGGUUUGGUGUUUUGUCGUAUUUGGAAAUGAUGAGUAAAGAAUUAGGAGAGUCAAAUGUGUUUGAUGAACAAUUGAAGGUGAAUAUAAUGCAGAUUUUGAGUCGAUUUGAAGUUAGUGUUGGUGAAAGUGAAAGAGUCAAAGACUGGACUGGUGGUCGAUUCAACGAUAACUUGAAACGAAUUUAUGACAGCUUAAUAUAG